AUGAUGGAACCAAUUAUCACCCGAAUAGCUGACUUGGUCGACUUUGGUCAGCACACAGUUCAAGGAAGAGUCGUUAGUAGGAAGCCGCUUGCUACUACGCGCACAGGAAAGCCGUGGUUCUCUUUUCUGCUCGACGACGAUUCUUCAGACGUCAAGGUUGACUGCUUCACCGACGCUGAUAAGUUUUCCCCUCAGAUCUCGGUGGGGGAUAUCAUACAGUUGAAGAAUAUUGGGAUUUCCUCAAAGACUCCAGCAGACAGAAAGUUCGACAUGUCGCGGUCAGAUUAUAAGAUCUCAAUAAAGAGCGGGACAAUCAUUACUCUACUCUCAGCAGCUAGCACUGCCCCGCCACCAAAUAAGGAGAAACAACUUGAAUCUGCGCUCUCUACUGUUUCGGCCAUAUCUGAGGCUAAGGAGGUUGUAAAAGGCCUUUUGAAUCAAACACACAACUCAGUAGGCUUUAGGUCCGAGCUGCAAGGUGAUUCUGAGCAACCCCACACUCAUGUGUGUACCAUUCUUGCCGGCAUCUCGGAUGCAACUAUGGUUUACUCAUCGCCAGAAUCGGCUCGCCAGUGGUCCCGGUUAGACCUUUUGGUUGUUGAUAAGACAGGGAACAUUAAAGUCUCUAUUUGGUCGGAGCAACUAGAGCCGUUCCUUAGUGCGUACAACUUCACGAAAGACAACGUCGAUACACACCUCACAGGAAAGAUUGUUGUUUUCUCGAGAGUUCAGUUCAGAAGCAGCGAGAGGUAUGGUAUCCAAUGUUCUUGCACAAGUCACACUAAGAUUUUUCUGGUUACUGACGCUCCAUCCAAGCCGGAUGAGCUUGGCAAUCUAAAGGACUUUCGCUUCUGGUGGGCGUCUCAGGAGGCCAAAGAGGCGUGUGCUAAUCUAUCGGGAGCAAACAUGGAGCCCAAUUCUCCUAGGCGCGACGACAGGGGAGCAGGUGGCUGGAAGACGAUGCCCUACAGCACUCUUGGAGAACUCGCAAGUAGCGAGCCCUUGCGUGCCUUGGUGUCUCUCGUACUGGACCGUAAUCUGGAGUUAGCCACCUAUCGGGGGUGUGCAUCCUGCAAGUGUGCUCUGCGAGACAGUCCCAUCUGCCCGAAGUGCCAAGAGACCAGUGCAGGCGAAAAGUAUUACUGGCGCAUAGGGGGGAACAUAUCUGAUGUGCUGGCACACACGCGCAUAACGAUUUUUGACCCCUAUGCAUCCACCCUCAUGGGCAUGUCUGCAGAUGAGUUUAUGGAGAGGGGAGACGACGAAAAACUACACCUUCUUUCCAAGGUUCUGGAGGUUGACGUAGCGGUCAAGAUGACCCAAGGGAAGUAUGAUGGAAGAGACAGAACGAACCUGAUGGGAAUAGAACUGGCUCCGUCCUACGUUACCAUUUUCGACAACCUGGUGGGUCAGCUCCAAGCCUAUAGGCGGAACAUGGAGGCAUUCAAGUGA